AUGGCUACUGUAGCUCCUCAAUCUGACCCUCAGGUCAAAAACCCCACGGGCAAGACGACAAUACCAGAGUCUGAAAGUCGCGUACCUAUUUGCGACUGGACUGAAAAGGCUGAAAUAAAGCUGAGAAGAAAAAUUGACUUCACAGUCUUACCUAUUCUCAUGCUCGGCCUCUUCGCCCUGCAACUCGACAGAGGAAAUGUAGGCUACGCCAUGACCACAAGCUUCACCGAUGAUCUCGGCAUAACCAAAGACAUCGUCAACUAUGGUAACCAGCUCAUGCUAGCAGCCGUCGUCAUCUUUGAGAUUCCAUUCAACAUGGUUUUGUCACGAAUCGGCCCUGCCCUUUGGCUUAUCAUACAGGUAUUUGCCUGGGGAACAAUUGCAACAGCCCAAGCAGCUAUACACAAUAAAUCCGGAUUCUACGCGACGCGUUUCCUACUGGGAAUGUGGGAGGCUGGAUACCUGGCUGCUGCGCUAACGAUAAUCGCGUCAUUCUACACACGGAAAGAAAUGGCACUGCGCGCAACGCUGGUGUAUGUUGGGAAUUACGGCUCUGCUGGCGUGAGUGGACUGCUUGCCGGUCUGAUCUUCAGAAUCCCAGAGACAAGCGGUUUGAAGCGAUGGCAGUGGCUUUUUCUCAUCGAUGGUCUCUUUACUAUACUCGUUGGUGUCGUCUUUAUCUUCAUCAUGCCCCGCUCGACGACCGAUACGCUUCCACUCGCCGGGAUCAAGAAGUUUAAUGUCUUCACCGACAAAGAGAGAGAUAUUCUUGCCAAGCGCGUCAUUCUAGAUGAUCCGCGCAAAUCAGUGAAGCUAUCUGGAAUCAGUCCCAUGACUGCGCUGCGCAUUUGUUUAACCAACUUUCCAAUGUGGGGUCAUUUCAGCAUCAACGCUGUCAACAUUACUCCCAAAGGAGGGUUGGUCUUUUACACGCCUACCAUCAUCAAGAAUCUUGGCUUCACUGCAUCUACCGCCAGUUUCUUAUCGGCCGUUCAUAACUUUGGAGUAUGCAUCUUGUCAAUCUUCGUGUCGUGGGUCAGCGACAAGACAUUGCUACGAGGCCCGAUUUGUUUAUUGUCUGGCGUGUAUUCGCUUGUGUUCUCAGGUGUUCAAUAUGCUGUUGUUGGGAGUAGCGACGUCUGGAUGAAGUACGCUAUUCUGACACUUCUUAACUCUGGUGUGGCAAUAGCCCAGGCGCUCAAUGAUGCGUGGUUUAGCAUCAACACUCACGAUCCGCAGAUUCGAUGCAUUGGCAUUGCCCUGGCUGUUACAGGUUCCAACGUUGGAGGACUAGCCGGGCAGAAUAUCUUUCAAGAGAGUGACGCGCCAUAUUACCCUAAGGGGUUUCUGAAGAUCUUAUGUCUUUAUGCAGGUAGCAUUGUACUAAUUGCUGGUAUGAUAUUGUACUACUGGAACGAUAAUCGCAAGAUGAAGAUGGCGGGAGAGCUGGAGGAUGCUGAUGACGCCGAGGCAUCAAAUGGGGUACAGGGGAAGAGAGUUUUGAAUCAGCUGUAA